CCCAAUUACAUGUUAAGUGGGCCAGUAGAUGGGCCGCCCCAUUACACUCCCUUCUGGCAAAGUUCCACUGGACCGAGCCCAGUCUUCUUGCAGCGGUCUGUAGAUCUGCGAUCAUCGCUCCAGCUUCCAGCCUCGACACCUCCUUCUGCUUCAGAGCGAGAAAUGCGCUUUGGCAGUCGGUUUCAACGAUGGCUGCUUGGUAUCCACACCUUUCCACCUGCUUCAGACCAAAAUCAAUUGCCCUUAACUCAGCCAGCUCCGGGGGCCAUUGGGUACGAUCCCUGCAUACCGCCGCCAUCAAGAAUUGUCCGUUUGCAUCGCGAGCCACCACACUGAGACCAGUUCCUUCGUCUUUGAACACCGCAGCGUCCACAUUCACCUUGAUCCACCCCUCCGGCGGCGAUUCCCAUCAGAGAGAUGGCAAACCACGGCAGCAACGGAAGCUCCGACGACCUGACCUUCCCCCUCGAGAUCCCGCCGGCCAAAAUUAGGUUCACCAAGCUCUUCAUCGGUGGCGAAUUCGUCGACUCUGUUUCAGGGAAAACGUUCGAGACGAUUGACCCGAGAACCGGGGAGACGAUAGCAAGGGUGUCGGAAGGAGAUAAAGAGGACAUCGAUUUGGCCGUCGGAGCUGCCCGCCGUGCUUUCGACCACGGGCCCUGGCCCCGCUUGCCCGGCGCUGCAAGGGCAAAGAUAAUGCACAAAUUUGCGGACCUGAUCGACCAACACAUCGAGGAGCUGGCGACCCUCGACACCCUGAACGCCGGCAAGCUGUUCAGCUGGGGCAAAGCGGUCGACAUCCCUUCCGUGGCCAACACCCUCCGCUACUUCGCCGGCGCCGCCGACAAGAUCCACGGCCAGGUCCUGAAGAUGUCGCGGGAGCUUCACGCCUACACACUCCUCGAGCCCAUCGGCGUGGUGGGGCUCAUCAUCCCGUGGAACUUCCCCAGCACCAUGUUCUUCGUGAAGGUCAGCCCCGCCUUGGCCGCCGGCUGCACCAUGGUCGUCAAGCCCGCCGAGCAGACCCCUCUCUCCGCCCUCUUCUACGCUCAUCUCGCCAAAGAGGUGAGUUUUACAGGGUCAACCGAAGUGGGCCGGAAGGUGAUGCAGGCAGCAGCGGCCAGCAAUCUGAAAACGGUCUCACUCGAACUGGGCGGGAAAUCUCCCCUCCUGAUCUUCGACGACGCCGACAUCGAUCAGGCCGCCGAUCUCGCCCUCUUGGGGGUCAUGCACAACAAGGGCGAAGUCUGCGUCGCGGGAUCGCGAGUGCUCGUACAGGAAGCGAUCUACGACGAGUUCGUGAAGACAUUGGUCGAGAAAGCCAAAGAAUGGGUUGUUGGGGAUCCUUUCCACCCAAAUUCUCGUGUUGGUCCGCAGGUUGACAAGAAGCAGUACGAGAAGGUAAUGUCUUACAUUGAGCACGGUAAGAGAGAAGGAGCGACCUUGCUCACCGGCGGGAAACCGGCGGCCAAGGCGAGGGGCAGAGUCCUGUCGAAAUUCGCCGACUUGAUAGACCAAAACGCGGACGAAUUAGCCGGACUGGAAUCCAUCGACGCCGGCAAGCUGUUCACCUUCAACAAAAUGGCCGACAUCCCUUUCGCGGCGAACCUUCUCCGGUACUACGCCGGCGCGGCGGACAAAAUCCACGGCGACGUGCUGAAGAUGUCCAGGGAGCUUCACGGGUACACUCUGCUCGAGCCGAUUGGAGUCGUCGGGCAUAUAAUUCCAUGGAACUUCCCCUGCACCCUGUUCUUCUCGAAAGUCGCGCCUUCCCUCGCCGCCGGCUGCACGAUGGUGGUGAAGCCCGCCGAGCAGACCCCUCUCUCUGCCCUGGAGGCCGGGAUCCCCGACGGAGUGAUGAACGUGGUGGUCGGGUACGGCGCCACGGCCGGGGCGGCGAUCUCGGCUCACAUGGAUGUCGACAAGGUGAGCUUCACUGGCUCGACGGAGGUCGGCCGGAAGGUGAUGCAGGCGGCGGCGUUGAGCAAUUUGAAGCCGGUGUCGCUCGAGCUCGGUGGGAAGUCGCCGGUGCUGAUUUUCGACGAUGCUGACGUGGACAAGGCUGUUGAUCUUGCUCUCCUCGCCAUUUUCUACAACAAGGGAGAAGUUUGUGCGGCGGGGUCCCGUGUGUUUGUUCAAGAAGGGAUCUAUGACGAGUUUGUGAAGAAAUUGGCGGUGAAGGCGAAGGAAUGGACCGUCGGCGACCCGCUUGAUCCCACGACUCGUGUUGGACCUCAGGUCAACAAGACACAAUUUGAAAGAGUGUUGUCUUACAUUGAGCACGGCAAGAGAGAAGGAGCCACGUUAUUAACUGGCGGCAAACCGGCUGCCGAGACAGGAUUCUACAUCCAGCCCACUGUUUUCACUGAUGUUAAGGAAGACAUGAUGAUAUCCAGGGAUGAGAUCUUCGGACCAGUGAUGGCUCUAAUGAAGUUCAAGACGAUAGAAGAAGGGAUCAAGUAUGCAAACAACACGAAGUACGGCCUUGCUUCAGGAAUCGUGACGAAGAGUUUGGACAUCGCGAACACGGUGUCGAGAUCGAUCAAAGCCGGCGUCGUUUGGAUCAAUUGCUACCAUGGGUUCGACAUUGACUGCCCCUUUGGAGGCUACAAGAUGAGCGGAUUCGGCAAAGAUUUUGGAAUGGAAGCCCUUCACAAGUAUCUCCAGACCAAAGCUGUCGUCACUCCUAUCUACAAUUCUCCAUGGCUUUAAAACAAACCCUAAUAAUCCAUCAAUCCAUCCAUUUGGUUAUGGAAAAUGUUUCCUUUAGAGUUUCAAACAAUGGCAAUUUUCAUUUUACCCUACCAAAUAAGCAAAAUUAUUAUGCUAUGCUUACAUCUUUUUUUCCAUGUAUUAUGAAAACAUUUACAGCAGAGUAUUUCUCAUUUCAAUCAAGC